AAUGAAAUUGUGAAUAAUUGUUUUUUCCAUCGAAUUUAUUUAAAUUUUUGUCCAAAUAAAUUUUAAAUUCCUGUGUUUUGUCUUGAUAAAUAUUAAAAUAAGCAAUGGCAGAGAUUGAUUUGCCAGACUCGAUGAACGAGUUAACUAAAAUAUGUCGCAUUUGUUUAAACACAUCUGAUACUGAGUAUUAUUCGAUGCAAGAUUUCGGUAAAAUUUGCAAUAAAUCCGUUAAAAUUUCGGAAUUGCUCACCGAGUGCACGUCAAUCGAGUUUAACGAAGACACCACUUUACCACUAUCAGUAUGUUCCGAAUGUUUGCUGCAAACAUGUAAAAUCUACAAAUUCCGUCAAAUGGCAUUCAAAUCAAAUCUCCUGCUACGGCAAAAGAUGCAAAAAGUACAAGAAAAAGCGGAAAAAUUGUGUGCAUCGCCGAAGGUAGAAUCGUUGACAUCACAUCAUGUCGAAACGCUGGCUGCCAAAGAUGAAAGUGAAAUGGUUGAUCUGAUACAACAAAGCGAAGAUGAAGUCGAAUAUGUCACGGUGAUUUUAGAUAAUGAAGAAUCGGAAAGUAUCGAAGAAACAUUAAUGGACGAUUCAAUUGAAGAAAUCGAGGGUGAUGAAUAUAUUGUUGAAGAAGAAUCACUCGAUGAAAUUCCAAAAAUGUCACUGAAGAAACAUCGUAGCCGUCGACGAGAUAAAGAUGGCAAACACCGAUCACUCACAUGCAAUGUAUGUAAUAAAACGCUAAGCAAUUAUUCUUCGUACAAAUAUCAUAUGCAAUUACAUUCCGAAGUAACGCCGUUCCUGUGCAGCGAAUGCGGCGAAGGAUUCAAAACUAGAAAUGCUUACGACGGACAUUUGGUUACCCACAUGGAAUCUAAUCCAAAUAAAUGCAAUGAAUGUGGCAAAACUUAUCGACAAGCCGCUAGCUUACGAAGCCACCUGUUGACUCAUUCAGGUGAAAAACCAUUUAAGUGCGAAAUUUGCGGGAAAGGAAUGACACAAAAAAGUGGUUAUAAAAAACACUUGCUUACACACACAGGUGAAUUGCCAUAUUCAUGUGAUAUUUGCGGUAGAGGUUUUCGUUAUUCGAGCAAUUUGAUUAUGCAUAAACGCAGCCAUAUUGGUCGUAAGGACUUUGAAUGCACGGAGUGUAAGAAAAAGUUCAUCAGUAAAGAGCAAUUAAAGCGACACGUGGCCAUCCACACAGGCCAGAGGCCGUUCAAGUGUUCAGCUUGUGAUAAAUGUUUCAAUCGACGAAGCACAUUAACGAUUCAUCAAAAAAUUCAUAAAAAAUUCAAAUGUAAUUCCUGCACCGAACACUUCGACACUAAAAUCGCUUUAUCAGCACACGAAAAAUCGCAUACCGAAGAAAAUUCAUCCAACGACAAUCAAUCAAGAUAAAGCUGUAUCAAUUCAUAUAAUGGCGGCCGUCCGAAAAACUUUUGAAAUGUUUUAAGUUUCAGUAUAUACUUUAUAUUGAAAUUUGUUUUCUAUUACAUAAUUUAUAUUAAUUUUCCACCUUCAAUUUCACAAUCGCCGACCAAGCUGGUUCAUGUUAAACAUUAAUCAUCUACCAAACAUGGAGUAAAAUUUGAUAAAAUAACCCGAUAAAAUAAUCAAACAUUUAUCCAGUAGGUUGAUAACGAUACAACAGUGAAAUUGUGUACAGUAUUGUU